CAGAGUCAGACAAGGCUGUCUACUCUCUCCCUUCCUCUUUCUUCUGGUGGUCGACUGGAUUAUGAAGACCUCGAUAGCUGAGGGAAAACACGACACACAGUGGACAGCCCAGAAUCAAUUAGACGAUUUGGACUUCGCAGAUGUCCUAGCCCUGCUAUCUCAUACAUAGGAACAAGUGCAGAUGAAGACAACUAGUGUAGCAACAGUCUCUGCAUCAAUGAGCAUCAACAUACACAACAGAAAAAUCAAUAUCUCCAAAUACAACACGGAAAAUACUAACCCAAUCACACUUGAUGGAGAAACUCUGGAAGAUGUAGAAUCCUUCACAUAUCUGGGGAGCAUCAUCGAUGAACAAGGAGGUUCAGAUACAGACGUAAAGGUGAGGAUCGGUGAAGCAAGGGCUGCACUCCUACAAAUGAAAAACAUAUGGCACUCAAAACAAUUCUCAACCAAUAUCAAAGUCACAAUCUUCAAUGCGAACGUCAAGGCAGUUCUACCGUACGGAGCUGAAACUUGGAGAACUACAACAACCACCAUCAAGAAGGUACAAGUAUUUAUAAAUGGUUGUCUUCGCAAGAUACGCAAUAUCCAUUGGCCGGAUACAAUCAGUAACAGCGUACUGUGGGAGGGAACAAACCAGCUUCCAGCCGAAGAGGAAAUUAGGAAAAGUCGAUAGAAAUGGAUAAGACAUACAUUACGGAAACCACCAAACUACAUCACGAAGCAAGCGCUAACUUUGAAUUCUGAAGGGAAGCGGAAAAGAGGAAUUCCAAAGAACACAUUACGUUGGGAAAUAGAAGCAGACAUGAAAAGGAUGAAUAGGAACUGGAAGGAGCUAGAAAGGAUUGCCCAGGACAGGGUUGGAUGGAGACUGCUGGUGAGCGGCCUAUGCUCCUUCACGAGGAGUAACAGGCGUAAGUAAGAAGAAGCGAUGGAAGUGGACAGGAUAUGCAUUGAGGAGGGCACCCAACUGCGUCACAUGGCAAGCGCGCAUUUGGAAUUCUCAAGUUCAAAGGAGGAGAAGAUGAUGACCAAAGAACACAUUACGCCCAGAAAUGGAGAAGGACAAGAGAAAAUUGAACAAUAAUUGAAUAGAAAUAGAAAUGAAGGCCCAGGAUAGAGUGGGUUGGAGAAUGCUGUUCGGUGGCCUAUACUCUAUUGGGACUAACACGUGUAAGUAAGUAAAUAAGCAAGAUAUAUAUUUUUAGAAAAAAUAUGACUAUUAAAAACAAACGAGUAAGAAUUUUGAUUAUCGUUUUAUUAUAAAACGGUUGAUGAAUUAAAAUGUAAACAUGAUUGACAGACAGUAAAUGAAGAUCUAAACAAGUAUAUCUAAAAAAAGCAAAGAAUAAUUAAGACGAGAUAAGAAUUGAAAUAAGCGAAUACGAUUAGGUAAGAUUAACUUACUAUCAUAGUAAAUCAGUCAUUAAUUGCCCUGAUCAUUUCUUAUCUAAUGAAGUAUUUA